AUGACUAUUACAACAAAGCAAGUUGGUGAGACUGGUACUCUCGAAUACAGAUUAUACUUUGUCCAAGAUGGCAAGGCUGUAUCACCAUUCCAUGACGUUCAAAUCUGGGCUGAUAAGACUCAAGGUAUUGCCAAUAUGUUGGUUGAAAUCCCACGUGGAACCAAUGCCAAGAUGGAAAUCUCUACCAAGGAUUUCAUGAACCCAAUCAAGCAAGACGUCAAGGACGGUAAGCUCAGAUUCGUUCACGACAAGUACCCAUUCAACUAUGGUGCUCUUCCACAAACCUGGGAAAACCCAUCACACGUUGACACCAACACCAACGCCAAGGGUGACAAUGAUCCUUUAGAUGCCUGUGAAAUCGGUUCCCAACAAGGUACCUCUGGUCAAUUCAAGCAAGUCAAGGUACUUGGUGUCUGGGCUAUGAUUGAUGCCGGUGAAACUGAUUGGAAGAUUCUUUGUAUUGAUGUCACUGAUCCAUUGGCUAGCCAAAUUAACACCAUUGAAGAUGUUGAAAAGGUUAUGCCAGGAAAGAUCAAUGAAGUUUAUACUUUCUUGAGAGAUUACAAGAUCCCAGACGGAAAGGGACCAAACCAAUUUGCUUUUGAUGGAAAGUUACUCGACAAGGAUUUCGCCAUCAAGAUUAUCGACGAAACCAACAAGGACUGGAAGUUAUUGGUCUCUGGUGAAGCCACCAGCCCAAUCUCUAUUGACUCUACCUUGAAGGAAGGUGUCAAGACUCACGUCUGUGGCAAGGAAGCUGCUGAAAAGCUUAAAUUGUGA